AUGGCGGCACAAAACAUACAGCCUAUGCCUGCUUUUGAACCAAGGAGUGAUCCUACAAGUACAAGUGCCAGAUGGACACGAUGGCUGGAGAGAUUCAACACAUAUUUACUCGCAGCAGAUAUUAAAGACGAUGCGAGAAAGCGCGCUUUAUUAUUGUAUCAGGCGGGGCCCGAAGUACACAAAAUUUUCAAGACUCUAGAAGAGGGUGAAACCAAAGAUUUUAAGUCAGCAGUGAAAGCGUUGACGGAGUAUUUUGAACCAGAGAAAAACGUGAUAUAUCGCACCUAUGUUUUUAGACAAGCGAUGCAAGGCAAAGAGGAAUCAAUAGACGAAUUUCAUACGUGUUUACGAGGCUUGGCAAAAUAUUGCGAAUUUACAAACAUAGAUUUUGAAAUUAAGAUGCAGAUUGUAACGAACGGCACUUCUUCAAGAUUACGAAAGAAAGCACUACAAGACCCAAAAUAUAGUUUGGCAAACAUGUUAAUCGAUGGACGAAAAUACAAAACUAGUUCAGCUCAAGCUGUUGGGAUCGAAGAACAAUUCAAAACAAGGGAAAAUAUAAAUGCAACUAAUGCAAUGGCUAUGACAACGCCCACCGAGAAAAAGUGUUAUUACUGCGGUUUCAAGUAUCCACACGACAAUCAACCGUGCCCAGCGAAGUCUGUCGAACACGAGGAAAAUCUUUCUCAAGUAAGGGAAACCUUGAGAAAUUACAAACGCAAGGUUUUACCUCCCCAGACAAAAGGCGCCAAUCACGAUGGGAUGAGAAUAAACAACGAAAACAACAAGCAAAGGCUGUUGGAAUAUCACAAAGCGAACCAAAUACUGAAAGCUCGGAAGAAGAGGAUUAUGUUUACACAGUAUCGCAAGAAACGAAGGAGAAAACACACACGACCGUAA